GUAUUUAUAAUUUUGUUUUUGUUUUUUGUUAUUGAAGGUUAAGAACUUUGAAUUAAGAGUUUUUAUAAAUAUUAUGAUUUUAAAAAAUAUCUUGUCUGUUAUUUUCACCUGUCUUUAAAAGCUAUCAAAUAUAAAUGCUGCUAAGAAAUAUCUGGAAGGAUCAUAAAAUUCUUAUUAAAUAUUCUACGUUAGCAUUUGUGGGCUCAAGUGUAGGAUGGUUUUAUUAUCAAGUAAAACACACCAGACAUAUAUUAGAGAAUGCCUUUGAUACGUCAGUCAUCAGGACUAUGGAUCAUUGUGUUUUAAAGGAAGAUACUUUUGAGGAAGAAACUUUAGAAAUUGAAUCAAUUUUGGAUAGAAAAAGUGGUUUCUUUCAAUGGACUGUUGAUUCUUUAAAAUUUGCCUACGUAAGAAGACUUUUAUCAGUUGCAAAAGAUUGUAAUAAAUACUAUAGAACUAAAGCUCUAAAUAAAUUGGCAAAGUUGAAAAAUUUAGAUAAUUGGCACUAUGCUCUAGUAGCGAAUAUGAUUGAUCCUCAAAGUGCAGUUACAUUAGCUAGAACAAGGAAUGUUGACAAAAGACUUUUUCCCGAACCGCCUUACAGAUAUCAUAAUUAUAAUAAAGAUCAGCUAAUAAAUUUGAUGAGAGAGUUUUUAAUGGAAUUGUAUGAAAAAUCAGAACACCCCUGUAUAGGAUACUUUUUGUCCAAAGUUUUUGUUUUUGAACAUGACUGUGCUCACAUUGUUGAUCAUGAUUCAUCAGCAUUAGAGUUAAGCAAGUUUAUACAGUCUGAAAAGGAAGUACUGCCCAUGUGUUUGGAAUCUUUGCUACAUCACUGUAGUAUAGAGAAAUAUUCUGCAGAUAUUGCUAAUAUGAAUGGACUACCAUUAUUAAUGGAAAUAUAUAAGAGAUAUCCAGAUGAUCUUUCUGUUACUAUGAAAUUGUGCCAAAUAUUAUCAUAUACGAGUUUAAAUAAACAAUUAUUAGAGUUAUUCCAUAUAUCAGGAUGGAUUGGUGUUUUAUCAGAAUGGUGCAGUCACGAAGACAUACAUGUUUCUAUACCAGCAGCACGUGCAUUAGCCAACUUGGAUGAAGACUCUUCGGCUCAAUAUUCUAGUAAUUUAUAUGUGCUACAUCCUGUAAACAGAACAAAACAAAGUCAAGAUAUUGAUGUUGUAUUUGUACAUGGUCUAUUGGGUGGUGUAUUUUUCACAUGGAGGCAAAGAACAAAAGAUGAUGUAACUAUAGGGCUUAUUGGUAAGAGGAAAUAUAAACCUAAAGAGACUCUAUCACCCGACGUGGACAAACAAAAACCGACAAAAAGAAAGUCAGCUAAAGAAUUCAUCAGAGAUUUCACUGAUAAAAUAAUUGGUGAAGAUUAUGAAGUAGUUUGGAAUGAUUUGCCGUCAAAUGCAAAUGAAGACUGUGAUGGUCCAUUCACUUGUCCUUUAGAAAAAUACGACUGUGACAAUUUCACCGAUAAUUAUGAUUUUACUUAUUGUUGGCCAAAGGACUGGUUAGGCAAAGACUGUAAAAAUAUAAGAAUAAUUGGAGUAAAUUACGAUACAAAUUUAUCAAUGUGGACGCCUUUAUGCCCUACAGAGAAAGAAAAGUUUACUCUAAAUGAAAGAAGCGAUAUUAUGUCUCAAAUGCUCCUAAAAUGUGAUAUCGGUAAAAGACCAAUCGUUUGGGUGACUCAUUCUAUGGGCGGAUUAAUAGUAAAAAAUAUUUUGUGCAAAGCAUAUGAAAGUGAUAACAAAGAUUUGAGAAAUAUUUGUUUAAAUACCAAAGGUGUAGUUUUUUACAGUACUCCUCAUUAUGGGUCCAAACUUGCAAAUUUAAGCAACGCUGUAUCGUUGGUUCUUUGGCCUUCGGUAGAAGUUCAGGAGCUUAGAGAAAACUGUCCCAAAUUACAACAAAUACAUGACAGAUUUUUGAAGAUUGCUGAAGAGAUACCAAUGAAAGUGAUAACAUUUGUUGAGACAAAAUCCACUGUUGUUAGUGCAAUGAAGUUCAACUUUUUAUUGGUUGAACGAAAUUCUGGCAAUCCAGGUAUAGGAGAAUACUUUGAGAUUCCUCUAGACCAUUUGGGAAUAUGUAAGCCAGAAAACAGAUUUUCGUUCUUGUAUCAAAAGGUUCUCCAUUUGCUAAAAGAAGUGAAGGAAGAUAUAUCGGAAGAAGAUCAGUUUUCAUUAUUUUCGUUCUUAUGGUAAAGAAUUAUAUUUUUUAAACCCUCUUAAUAAAUAUUAUUAAAUGUGUAU